AAAAAGUUUGUGUUAUUGGUCUCCAAAGAUGAAUUUUUUAAUGGUUUAAUACUUGUUUUGAGGUGGUGGUAAGUGAGUGUUUGUCUUUUUUGAAAACUGUGUUUUAGAUUAUUGGGUGUUAGCUUCUAGUGAGAAAGAUGAGAUUUUUGCUGUUUUUUUUAUUCUAUGACGGUGGAGUUGUACAUUUGGUGUUUCAUGUACUGAAUUGGGGUUGCUCUGUUUGCUGUCAUGGCACUGUUGACCAUCAAGGUAGCUUCUGCUGACAGGGUGUUGCUCUUUUUUGACUAUACGUGAAGAGGAAGAUAGACUUGGUGUAUGGUGGGGGAAGUGUUGGGUUGAUGGGUUUGAUAUCCCGGACAGUGUAUGAUGGAGGUUGUCAUGUUCUUGGGAUAAUUCCAAAAGCUCUCAUGCCUCUAGAGAUAUCAGGAGAAACAGUCGGAGAAGUGAGAGCUGUUUUAGACAUGCAUGAGCGCAAAGCUGCAAUGGCCCGAGAAGCUGAUGCAUUUGUUGCUCUUCCUGGUGGAUAUGGAACAAUGGAAGAGUUGUUGGAGAUGAUAACAUGGUCCCAACUUGGAAUACAUAAGAAAACAGUUGGUUUGCUAAAUGUUGACGGUUACUACAAUAAUUUGCUCGCUUUAUUUGACAAUGGCGUUGACGAAGGUUUCAUCAAGCCAGGUGACAGGCAUAUAAUUGUCUCUGCUCCAACAGCCAAAGAACUUUUGGAGAAGAUGGAGCAAUACACAUCUUCACAUGAACAAGUGGCUCCUCAUGAAAGCUGGCAGAUGGAGCAACUUGGUGAUUAUCCCAAGCAACUAAAUGCGCAAUGAAGCAUUGUGGUAGGAUUCCCCUGUUGAUUCCUGAUUGAUUCAUCAUCGAGUUGUGCAGGACAAUCUAUUUGGAUGGGCCACAUGUUGGUCGUUUACCAUGUACUUUUGUUACCAUUAAAUGGGAUUUGAUCUUAUUUAAAAUCAUCUUAACUGUUUGAGAGUCAUCAAUGACAUAUCUUAUAUUUGAU